AUGCUUAAUGUUUCCACAUACGUCCCUUAUAUAUACAAAUGCUCAAAGGGAAGCAAUUUUUUCAAAUUUUACAAUCAAAUAAAGACAAAAAGCUACUCCGAUUUACUUAAUUUUGCCAAGGGAGUGUAUAUAUACUUGUGCAGAAAUUCCCGCAAAAAUGAUGACAUGUUUAUAAAUUUUUCCAAAAAAUUAUUUAGAGAAAUUCAUGUGAAAAAAUAUUCAGAGAAGGACAAGAAAGACCUAUGCCUAUUAAUGUUGUUAUAUAUGAGAUGCAAAAAAAGGUGUAAAACGUUUAUACUUGGGAAAGACAUAAUUAAAAGCAUAAAGUACGCAAUUGAAGAAAAUUUAGAUAACUUUGAUGAGGAUGACCUCUCAACAGUUUUGAGUUUUUUAAAUUGCACAGCGAAUAAUAAAUUAUAUGUACCAUAUGGUACAGUAAAAAGCAAAGUAAAUGUAAAAAUUACAACAAAAAUUAUUCAUCGAAGUGCUAAUUAUUUGCACAAUUUUAAGCAGACAAAAAAUUUGUGUAUAUUGUACAGUUAUUUAUGUAGAGAGAAUAUAAGUGUCAAAUUACAUAAUAGUAUCUUAAAGCAAAUUUUUAGCGAUAUAAAUCGCUGUGAAGACACUGAUUUAACGAAUAUAAUUUUCAACUUUUAUUACAUUAACAGCUUUUUUUUUAAAAAUUUUUUAAACAAAAUAUGUGAGUUCUUUGCACAUGAGGAAGAAGAAAAAAUCGGAAAAGGAGAUGAACGAAGAGAAAUAUUUUUCUCAUGGAAAACAAAAAAUCAGAAUGACAGCAUAACUGAAAUAUGCAAAAGUAGAGAUGGUAAAAAGUUGUUGAAAAAGAAAUAUGAAAUUGUGCCUUCUCAUGUAGAAUGUUCAGAAGAAAUCCAUUCAUACAAUAAUGAGUAUGCACACAUUUGUGCAUCUAUCCCGUCUUACAAGUGUGACAUGUUAGGAUAUAAGAAGGUGGAUAUUAAUAUGGAAUGUGCAAAACCAUUCCAUUAUAUGACUUGUGGCAAGAUAUUCAAUAUCUACAACUGCAAUAUAUUUCUGUACGGAUUUAUAAACAAUUAUAACAAAAUUUUUUUAAAGAGGAGACUACAAAAAUUAAUAGAUCGAUGUAAUUUUAUUGAUAACAUUUGGAAAAACUGCAGACUUAUGUAUGAGUUUUACUACUAUUUUGAAUAUUAUAUUAGCAGAGGAGUGAGGUACGAAAUAAAUUUAGAUAGAGUUAGAUGCAUUACAAGAAACAGACACAUCUUUGAUAUGAAUAACGCCAAGCUGUAUAGCAAUAUUUUCUAUUCAGACAAUAUACAAAUUUUCAUAUAUAUAUACAAAAAUGGAGUUCACUAUUACAAAUAUUACUUUGAUGCGUGUAGGAUGUUUUUGGAUAAUCACAUACUGCAUUUACUCCAAAGGGAAAUAACUAGAAACGUUGAAGAGUUGCAAAAGGAAGGAGAUAUACGAAACAAAUAUGGAAAGAAAACGCGAAUAAAUAACAAACAUAUUUAUCUUCUGCUGAACGUUUUAAACCAGAUGAAUGUACAAAACGAGAAAACAUUUGACUUAAUAUUGAGAAAUUUUAAGCGAAACGAAAGGGACUAUUCGCUGAAGACCAGCCUACUGCUGUUGCAAUUUUGUCAUUCACAUUGGAGAAAAAACGAUGCAUAUCAUGCUAUAUACACACACAUAAUGAAAUCUCUAGAUGAUCAUACAUUUUAUGAUAGCACCUUCAUACCAAAUAAUUAUGGUAUUUUAUUUUUCCCUCCGUUUUUGGUUAAGGAAGAAAUAUAUAGAAUAUACAUUGUUGUAUUUUUAAAAAGUGCCAAAUAUUAUUUAAAGAGAAAUAAAAAAACACAAACAUAUAAGUUAAGUGACGAAUUACUAUAUUUUGGCAUAUGUUACAACGUAUUAUGGAGUAAAGAAUAUGAAAAGGAAUAUGAAAAUAAACAUGAAAAUAAACAUGAACAUGAACAUGAAAAUGAACAUGAAAAUGAGCAUGAAAAUGAGCAUGAAAAUGAGCAUGAAAAUAAGCAUGAAAAUAAGCAUGCAAAUGAACAUGGACAGUUUUUUUUAAAAUAUUUUAAAUUAAAAGAAUUAAGAAAGAUUUAUGAAUUUCUUCACGAAUUUGAAAAAAUAACAAAAAAAAAUUCCUUAAAUUUAAAUGGGACAACAAGAACAAAAAAAAAAAUAGACAUAUUUUAUUUUUAUCUUAAAACGGAUGACCUGCAAAAUCUGGUAAAUUAUGUUGAAAUUUCCCAGCGUCAAAUUCAAAAUGUGUGCAUAAAUUUUUUGAACUUUUUUAAUAUACACCGGGACUGUUCUCAUGUAUACAAGAAUUAUGGCGCGGACUAUUAUGCCCCAUCUAUUGCACCCCCUAUAAUAGUGCGCAUAUGA